AUGGCAAAUUUACCGUCAGCUAGAGUGAAUCCUGGAAGAGCCUUUUUGAAAUGUGGUACAGAUUUCGCUGGACCGUUUCUUGUUACCCCUCGUCGUGGAAGAGGAGUUAAAGCGUUAAAAAUGUACGUGUGCAUAUUUGUGUGUUUUAUUGUUAAGGCCGUGCAUCUUGAAAUAGUAAGCGACCUAAGUACUGAAGCGGGCCUUUCAGCUUUGAAGAGAUUCAUCGCUCGCAGAGGAAAACCUCUGGAAAUAUACAGUGACUGUGGAACCAACUACAUCGGUUCGAAAAAUUAUUGGAAAGCGUGUUCAAGAGAUCUUGGUCAAUAUCUAGCCGAUGAAGGUGUGUCGUGGAAGCUGAACAUUCCAUCAGCUCCCCAUUAUGGUGGCCUCUGGGAAGCCGCAGUAAAAGCGAUGAAAUUUCACUUGCGAAGAGUAAUGAAAUCACAGAUAUUAACUGUUGAGGAGUUUUCUACUGUCUUAGCUGAAGUAGAAGCAGCGCUGAAUUCCAGACCACUUGUUUCUGCAUCAGAUUGUGCUGAUGACUAUUGUGUUCUAACACCUGGUCAUUUUCUCAUUGGCUCGGAGUUAAAGAGCGUACCUGAGCCUGAUGUUACCAAUGAGAAAAUUAGCAUUGGUGAAAGAUAUAAGCUAACAUCACAAAUUUCACAAUCCUUCUGGAAAGCAUGGUCGAAGGACUAUUUAACGCAGUUGCAAGUGCGCAACAAAUGGAAAACCCCAUGCGUGGAUUUGUGCUGCAAUGACAUAGUGUUAAUCAAGGACGAGAAUUUGCCACCCCUCAAAUGGAGGAUGGCAAGAGUAACUGAAACUAUUGACAGCAGUGACAGCAGAGCUCUUUUUGAAGACAUUGAUGAAGACAUUCCAUUUAUUGAUCAAGAGGACGAAAUUGUGGGUGAAUCCACGCAAAACUUUAUUGAAGACGAAAAUGAAUUAAUAGGGGAUCUGACGCAGAAUUUUUGGGAGGAUGACGAUGAAAUUAUUGGAGAGCCAACUCAGUCCUUUUUUGAGGCAUCCCCAAUAUUUCAGGGAAUGUCGAGCCCUCAAGUAGGAUCCGGAAAUGAAGUAGGAUCCGAAAAUGAAUUGGAAAACGCCAUCAUAAUUACAGAAAAAUCCCGCAGGCAUAACAUUAAAUAUCAGGGACAACAGAUAAUUUUUGAGGCCAGAGUGGAUCCGGAUCGCCUGCCGUCCACAGCAAAUGGAGUCCCGAUGAUAACGAUUCUAGGAGUUGUCCGGGAGCUGUUUGAGAUGCUGAUUGCGAGGACCACCUCUGAUUUGGCUCCAGUCGAUCUCAUCCGAUUUUGCAUUCAAUCGGAUGAUUUAGACGUCCCAAUCUCCACAACACUGAUGCGAGUAUCCGAUCUCACCGUGGAAAAGAUCCUGGCAGCAGUGUUAAAGGUGCUUCAAUCAAAGAAGCAUAUAAAAUUAGAUACAACGUUCAGCGUGGACGUUGUAACUAUCAGGAGACCUGUUGGAGCUGGGAGAAGAAGAUUCGUCAACCCAGACGUGGAUAAACUUCUGAAGACGUCGAUUCUUGCCAUCCCCAGCGACGACCUGGGACUAUGCUGUGCCAAAGCAAUCGUCUUUGCCCUAGCCCAUUUGCACGCGGAUGUCACGGCGAUCAAUGCCCUGAAGAGAAAGGAUCGACCGGCAUUGACGACACGAGCAAUGGACUUGCACAAGGCAGCUGGUGUACCCCUGGGCCCGUGUACAUACCGGGAGAUUGCCAUUUUUGAGCAACAUUUGAAUGUGCGAAUUGUGGUAUUUUCCUCAGAAAAUUUAAAUAAGGUAUCUUACAAAGGGCAAAAUCGACCGGAGCGGAUUAACCUUUAUCUUCACCAAGGCCAUUAUGAUGUAAUCAAGGGGCUGAAGGGGUUUUAUAGCUCAAACUUCUAUUGCGAGCACUGCGAGAAGCCGUUUAAUAACCGGGAAAAUCACCGAUGUCCAGAGGCGUGCUACAUAUGCUUACGCAGGGAAUGUUUGCCUGGGGAAAAUAUACGGUGCACCGACUGCGGUAGACUUUGCAGAUCGACUGAUUGCUUUGACACACACAAAGCUUGCUCUUCAAAACAGCAGAAAUCUUUGUGUGAUAAAGUAUAUCAAUGCGAUCGCUGUUGCAAAGUAAUACAGCGUCAGAAAUGCCCCAGAGAACUUCACCGUUGCGGAACUACGAUGUGUCCGUCCUGUGAGGCCUAUGUAGUUGCUUCGGAGCAUCGAUGCUUCUUGAAGAAAGUGGCACCUAAAACCCCCACCGAAAAAUUAAUAUUUUUCGACUUUGAGACAGAUCAAGCCAGUGGAGAACACAAAGUGAACUUCGCCUUGGCACAGUAUCAGGACAAGACGGAGAAAGUGUUUAAAGGCUACUCUGCUUGUCACGACUUUUGCUCCUGGCUAUUUUCCCCAGAGCAUAAAGGAUAUACGGCGAUAGCGCAUAACAUGAAAGGGUAG